AUGCAAGACGGCGAGGACAUCACUCGCGACUCCUUCGAGGCUGCGGCGGCGGCGCUCGAGGCGCUGCUCGCCACGGCGGAGUUUGUGGCUGUCGACGCGGAGUUCACAGGCAUUAAACUGCCGGGGACAGUACCGCAAGACCAUGACUCGACGCAGGCGCGCUACACCAAGAUGCGGAGGGUGGCGUCCGAGUUCUCGCUCGUCCAGCUCGGAAUCUGCACCUUCCACCGCCCUCCGCCGGGCGGCGCCGCCGCAGGGAGCGCGCUGCAGGCGCGACCGUUCAACUUCUUUGUCCGCCGCGCGGCUCCGAGAGGCGGAGACAAGGUCGUCCUCGACUGCAGCACCGCCGAGUUUCUGCGCGGGCAGGGCAUCGACUUCAACCGCUGGCUCGACCACUCUGGGAGGGUCUUCUCGCCCUCGAGGCCCGCGGAAGCCGCCUUUGUGAACGAGGCGAUGGAGCGGGUCGCCGCGUGGGUGGCGAGGGCGAGGACGCAGCACGCGAGCGGCGCACCGCCGGAGCCGCUCACGCUGCCAGAGUGCAACGGCUUCUUGCGCAAGUGCCUCUACGCUGCCAUUGAGCAUGCGCACCCGCCGGCGGCCCACAAGUGGCUGGUCACCGAGUCGCUGGAGGGCGAGGGGGGAGGGAACAAGGCGGUGCGGCUGCGCGUGCGGCCCGCCGAGGAGGCCGCGGCGGAGCCCUUCUCCCCCGCCAUGCACGCGGAGGCGCAAGUGGCCGAGAAGCUCAGCAAGCUGCGCGAGUCGGAGGGCUUCCUUCGCGUGUGGCGGGCGCUCGUGGCCGCAAAGGUGCCCGUCCUGGUCCACAAUGGGCUGUUCGACCUCCUCUUCCUCCACGACGCCCUCAUCGGCCCGCUGCCCGCGCCGUGCACGCAGUUCAAGGCGGCCGUGCACGCGGCCCUACCCGAGGUUUGGGACACAAAGCUGCUCGCCGACCAGUCGGGCGCCUACUCGGACACGGCGCUCAAGCCGCUCUACGAGGCGUGCUCCGCCGAGGCGGCGGCGGACGCGGCGGGCGACCCGAACCGGCCGCAUCAGUCGCCCCCUUUCCCCUCGGGUCGCCUCUUUGCACUCGCCGACGGGUUCGCCGGUUGGGGCGCCGCCGACCGCAGCCACCACGCCGCCUUCGACGCGCUGAUGACGGGCGCCGCAUUCGCGAUGUUGCGCGCAAAGGGCUUCGCGCCCACCCGGCUGAAGAAUGUCGUCCGCUUGGCAAGGUCGGUCGACCCCGUCCUAGCGUGCGGCCAGCGCGACAGCAGUGGUGCGGCGCCCGUGGCGCUCCACGCGGCGCUGGGCGUGAGCGCGCCCGUCGACAGCGCCGAGGCGGCGGUGCGGUGGCUCCGCGCGAGGAUGCAGGCGGUGCCAGAGAUCUGCGACGCUUCGGCCGCGGCGUUGGUGGUGCCGCAGUGGGCGAUCGCCGAGCCGGACGAGGAGGGGGAGGAGGAGGCGCGGCGGCUCGAGGAGCUGCUCACCGCGGCGAAGCAGUGCUCCGCCAUCCUCGCCACGCUUCGCAAGCGAAAGGACGCCGACUGGUUCGAAGAGCCGGUGGCCGCCGACACGCCCGGCUACUUCGAGAUGAUCCAAUCGCCGAUGGACUAUGGCGGAGCUGGGGCGGUGCGCACCAUCGGCGCGGCGAUCGAGGCUGGCAGCUACGCCGACGCGGAGGCCUUCGCCACCGACGUGCGGCUCGUCGCCUCCAACGCGCGGCCCAAGCGCGCCCGCUCCUCGGUGAACCGCUUCGAGGCGGCCCCCGCACGCCGGGACGGUGGGGGUGACUUCUCGGUCGGCUCGCCGCCGCCGGCUGGGAGGGGCGGCGACACGGGCGACAAGAGGCCGCGGCUGGCAUCGCGCGCCGAGUCCCAAGGGCAGCAAGGCGGAGAGGCGGCCGACGCGUUCGACGCGCUGGCGGCGCUGCGCGACUUCUUCGACGGCUCCGCCACGGCGCUCCUCGCCGCGAGCGACGACGAGCUGGCGGAGGCCCUCCGCCCCAAGGGGCGUGGCAAGGCGGGCGCGAGUGUUUCAGCCGCCGUCUCGGUCUUGCGCAAGCAUCUCUCUUCGGUGUCGGGCCCGCCGGAGGGUUCGGAGGGAGGCAGCGCUGCCGCCGCCACGGCAGCGGCGGCUCCGGCUCCGGCCCGGCGGGGUAUGCGCAUUCGCACCUCGCUCCUCAAGAAGGAGUGA